CAGUAAGCCAAACACAUGCCACGUCCUGUACACACGUACAUAGGUUCUGCCCACUCCGCCCGCUCGACCGAAUUUUCUAAAUUUGCAUAAAGUUCUGAAAUUCAAAGUCAUGUUCUUGUUGCAAAGAAUUCAGAGGUCCCGUCAACAACUGAACAGGCUUUGCCACAUACGUAUCCGGGCCAGCAGCAGUCUCAGCCUUACGCUGAACGCCCCCAGCAUCGUCACGCCCUGUUCGCUUAGAGCCACAGCCAAAACCAGAGGUGCCGGUGCCCCCAGAAACAUUGUUAGACUCGCGACACAGUUGAUUCGCCACAGUUCGAGUGCAAAUAUUCCACAAACCGCUGAGAUGCCAAGCAAAACGUCGCACUUUGUGCUGCCAAAUACGCAGCCUAUUGCCGAUUUGGAGUGCAAGAAUGCCUUUGAGAAUCUGACCGACAAGGAGAAGCUCUAUGCCCAUUACUUUAGCAAGGCGUCGUGGGAUGGCGGACUCAUUGCUCUCAUCCAAUCCAGUCCCGAGGCGCCAUUGAUCUUCUCCCUGCUGCAUCGCAUCUUUGUGGCCGAGAAGCCGGAACAACUGAAGGCCAAGGCCUUGGCAGCUGGCGUCACUGAGGAUGAGUUUACAGGCUUCGUGGUCUACGCUUGCGGCGUGUUCGCCAAUGCCGGCAACUACAAGGGCAUGGGCGAUAGCAAGAUCUUGCCGAAUCUGUCCCCAGAGAAGUUCGGGUCAAUCGUGCGCGCCUCGGGUGCCUAUGAGGCCAAUCAGCGUGUGGCCAAGAUCUACGAGAAGGUCAAGGAUCUGAUUUAUGCACUGGAAUCGCGUAAUGAAAUCCUGGGCUUCGCACCGAAUGGUAUAACCACCUACUGGUCGGACAACUGCACCAAGGAGGACUCGGAAAUAGUCAACUCCUGGCUGACAUCGAAGCGCAUCGAGCCGUACAUGUGCCGCACGUUCAAGAUCGAGGAGAACGGCAAGACCAUAUACGACAUCAAGCUUGGGUCGGUGGCCGACUCCAUUAAGGAUGGCAUUACGCUGCCGCUCGAGGAGUACAAGGGCAAUAAUUUCCGUGUCACACGCGGCGACUACCGCAAGCUGUUGCAGCGUGUUAACCAGAAUCUGCUGGAGGCCCAGAAGUACGCGGCCAACGAGAAUGAGGCAAAGAUGAUCGAGCACUACGUCAAAUCUUUUGAAGAGGGCUCUCUGGAUGAGCAUAAGGAUGGUUCCAGGUGGUGGAUCAAGGACAAGGGACCCGUCAUUGAGACCUACAUUGGCUUCAUUGAGACGUACAGGGACCCGGCCGGUGGUCGUGCCGAAUUCGAGGGUUUCGUCGCCAUGGUCAAUAAGGAGAGCUCGGCAAAGUUCACCGAGCUGGUCGAUCGUGCCGAGCAGCUGUUGGAGUAUCUGCCCUGGACGGAGCCAUACGAGAAGGACUCGUAUCUGAAGCCCGACUUUACCUCGCUAGAUGUUCUCACCUUUGCUGGCAGCGGAGUGCCCGCUGGCAUCAACAUACCAAACUAUGACGAAAUACGCCAAGAUGAGGGAUUCAAGAAUGUCUCCUUGGGCAAUGUGCUGGCCAACAUCAAUCGCAAAGACCCCAUUCCGUUCCUCACCGAGGACGAUCAAACGCUGAUGAAGGAGUAUAAAGUGAAGGCAUUUGAAGUGCAAGUGGGCCUCCACGAGCUGCUGGGCCAUGGCAGUGGCAAGCUGUUCCGCAUCGAUGAGAGCGGUGCCUACAACUUCGACAAGGAGAACACCAAGAACCUCAUCACGGGCGAAGCCAUCGCCAAGUGGUAUCUGCCGGGUGAAACAUACGACACGAAGUUCAGUGCCAUCGGUUCCUCGUACGAGGAGUGUCGUGCGGAGGCUGUGGGCCUCUAUCUCUCCCUUCAGCGGGACAUCUUGGAGAUAUUCGGCUUCAAGGAUGCCGUCGAGCAGGACAACAUCAUCUACGUCAACUGGCUGAGUCUCAUCUGGAAUGGCAUGGGUGUGGCACUGGAAAUGUACAAUCCCAAGUCGAAGCAGUGGCUGCAGGCCCAUUCUCGUGCCCGUUUUGUCAUAAUGAAAGUCCUGCUGGAGGCUGGCGAGGGUCUGGUCACCGUCGAAGAGACGGAAAAGGGCAAGGAUCUCUUGCUCACGCUGGACCGCAGCAAGAUCGAAACCGUCGGCAAGAAGGCCCUGGGCGAUUUCCUCACCAAACUGCAGGUGUACAAGUCCACGGCCGACAUCGAAGCGGCCACGAAAAUGUACGAACACUACUCGGAGGUGAACGACAGUGGUUCGCAUCCAUGGGCCCAGUGGCGUGACAUCUGUCUGGCCCACAAGAAGCCGCGCAUGAUCCUCGUCCAGGCCAACACGGAGCUCAAGGACAAGAAGGUGGCGCUGAAGACGUACGAGGCCAGCCACGAGGGCUACAUUCAGUCCUGGGUCGAGCGUUACCCCACCACGGACGUUGACGAUCUGUUGGACCAAAUUGUUGAGCAGGACAAACAAUACUUUCCAACUGCAUUUUCAGCAUAGGAAAUUUAUCAUUUCGAUCGAUCGUUAAUAUUAGAAAUUCAUCAACUUUGAUUCUUUGGAAGAAACCAAUUAAAUUUUAAGUUAUUUGAUGACUUGAAAA